AUGAACAAUUGGCUCAUCACCCACGAUCGCACACAAGAAGCAACACAGAUCCUCGCCUGCAUUAAAGACAAGCCCAUGACAUCCCCAGUCAUGACAGCUCAACUGCAUGAGAUUCAGUUCAGCGUUGACUAUGAACUUCAACACGCUGUGAAAUGGAAGGAUAUCCUCCUCCGUCGUAACAAAGACACAUCCGAUACCAAGACCCUUCGACGUUUGCUGCUUGGAGCAAAUUCGCAACUCAUGCAACAAUUCGGCGGAGUUAAUAUCAUGAGUUAUUACAUGCCCACAGUUCUCAUCAACAGCGUUGGUCUCUCUGAGAGCAUGGCUCGUCUGCUCUCCGCUUGCAACGCAGUGUCUUAUCUAGUCUUCUCGUCAAUGGCGAUUCUUCUUGUUGAGAGAUGGGGACGCAGAGGACUUAUGCUACUCUCCACGUCUGGUCAACUGUUGUCGUUCUUGGUCAUUACUAUUCUUCUGAGGUAUGCUGUUGGUGAUAUGAAGCAGCCGCUGGGAUCGGCCUCUGUGGCGUUCUUUUUCUUUUACUUCAUUUCUUUCGGAGUCGGGAUGUUAGGGGUGCCAUGGCUGUAUCCCACUGAAGUGAAUUCUCUUCCCAUGAGGACAAAGGGGGCAGCGCUUGCUACUGGGACGAAUUGGAUCACAAACUUCAUCGUCGUGGAAAUUACCCCUAUUGGCAUUCAGAAUCUCGGUUGGCGCUUCUGGAUUGUAUGGACUGUCACGAAUGCCUUGUUCCUACCAGUUAUCUACUUUCUGUACCCCGAAACAUCGAACCGAAAACUUGAAGAUAUGGAUGCCUACUUUCGAGAGAACCCGGCACUCAUUGUCAUCAAGGAUAGGGAUGCCAUCAUUGCGAAGAGGCCUGAGAAGUAUGUUCAGCAGGAGCAGGAAGACAUCCGAAGGGAAGAGAUUGAGGAUGGAAGUCCUGUUGUAGGAGUUGGCCCUGAGGAGAAGGGCCUCAGGGAGCAAGAAAACUUCAGACCUUGA